AUGGAACAAGAAACAAGAAGCGACUCUCCUAUGGAUUCGAAUCGUCAAGAGCAAAAUUCGAAAACUUCUUUUUUAAUAGAAGACAUUUUGUAUCGAGGCCAAAGUCGCGGUUUCAAACAGCCAGUACCGGAUCCGAGGAGGUUUGAUUACGACCGGCCGGAACCGAAGCCGUUCUUCCCAGUUCCAGGGGAAGUCAGGCCCCAUGUCCCAGGUAGAGAAGGGUCGUAUCUUCACGUGGCCAUGGGAGCUCUUGGGGCAUAUCUACACACUCCAAAUACCUACAAGUCUGUGGAAACUCCCUACUUUUUAUCUCAAGGCGUGCCGUACCACGCGCUGUUCACGCCGUCGGAGCUGUCACUGUCUGCUCUCAAGCAUUGCCGACGGAGGAAGGCACGGACCGUCUUCUCUGAUCCACAACUUACUGGUCUAGAGAAACGUUUCGAGUCCCAACGUUACCUGUCUACGCCGGAACGCGUGGAAUUGGCUGGCGCGCUGAACCUCUCGGAGACACAGGUCAAGACCUGGUUCCAGAACCGGCGUAUGAAGCACAAGAAGCAAAUGAGGAAGCAACAGCAACAGCAAAGAGGUAAUACAGCGGUAGACUUCACAACGAAGCAUCAUACACAAUUAGGAGAAAGUCGAAAGGCAGAAGAUUCUAGAAUAUCGACAACUCAAACAUCAGACUCUGAAACCGAACACAGCGAUAGCGAUAUCGAUAUUGUCGGCGAGACAAACUACGCACAACACUACGGGAAUGGCGGCACGUAAAAUAAAACGAUAAAU